GCGUGUAUAUAUAGACCUCCUCCCACUUCCGGCAACCCAUCUCAAGCUCCCAAAUCUACGAUCUCUCUCUCUCUCUUCUCCAUUUCAUUGUCCGUAUUUCUCUUUCUUCCCCUGCACUGAUUGACACCGUUUUGAGAUGGCUACUUAUACUCCAAAGAACAUCCUCAUUACUGGGGCUGCUGGGUUCAUUGCAUCCCAUGUUGCCAACCGGCUCAUCCGUAAUUACCCUGACUACAAGAUCGUUGUACUCGACAAGCUUGAUUACUGCUCGAGUCUAAAAAACCUCCUCCCCUCUAAAUCAUCUCCUAGUAUCAAGUUCGUAAAGGGGGACAUUGGCAGUGCUGACCUUGUCAACUACCUUCUCAUCACCGAGUCUAUUGACACUAUAAUGCACUUUGCAGCCCAGACCCAUGUUGACAACUCAUUUGGUAACAGCUUUGAGUUUACCAAGAACAAUAUUUAUGGUACGCAUGUCCUUUUGGAAGCCUGCAAGGUCACUGGCCAGAUCAGGAGGUUCAUCCAUGUGAGUACUGAUGAAGUCUAUGGCGAGACAGACGAGGAUGCUGUUGUGGGAAACCAUGAGGCUUCUCAACUCCUCCCAACAAACCCAUACUCUGCAACAAAAGCUGGAGCAGAAAUGCUUGUCAUGGCAUAUGGUAGGUCAUACGGGUUACCUGUGAUAACAACACGUGGGAACAAUGUUUAUGGGCCCAAUCAGUUCCCUGAGAAAUUGAUUCCAAAGUUCAUCCUCUUGGCAAUGCAAGGGAAGCCUCUUCCAAUUCAUGGCGAUGGUUCUAAUGUGAGGAGUUAUUUGUAUUGUGAGGAUGUUGCUGAGGCUUUUGAAGUCAUUCUUCACAAGGGAGAGGUAGGUCAUGUUUACAAUAUUGGGACAAAGAAGGAAAGGAGAGUUAUUGAUGUGGCCAAAGAUAUAUGCAGACUUUUCUCAAUGGACCCAGAGGCAAGCAUUAAGUUUGUAGAGAACAGACCAUUUAAUGACCAGAGGUACUUUCUGGAUGAUCAGAAGCUGACGAUCUUGGGAUGGUCCGAGCGAACUACUUGGGAAGAGGGGCUUAAGAAGACCAUGGAGUGGUACAUCAACAACCCUGAUUGGUGGGGUGACGUCUCUGGGGCACUGCUUCCUCAUCCUAGAAUGCUGAUGAUGCCUGGUGGGAUUGAGAGACACUUUGAUGGACCUGAAGAGGAGAAGUCUGCAUCUUUCGUCCCAAGUAAUACCCGGAUGCUGGUUCCACCUUCCAAAAGCACCGGCUCUCCUCGAAAACACUCCUUGAAAUUCUUAAUCUUUGGUAGGACUGGUUGGCUUGGGGGUCUGCUUGGGAAGAUAUGUGAGAAACAAGGGAUUCCAUUUGAAUAUGGAAGAGGGCGUCUAGAGGAUCGGUCAUCACUUUUAGCAGAUCUUCAGAGUGUUAAGCCAACCCAUGUUUUUAAUGCUGCUGGUGUGACUGGUAGACCCAAUGUCGAUUGGUGUGAGUCUCACAAGACAGAAACAAUUCGCACAAAUGUAGCUGGAACCUUAACCUUAGCAGAUGUUUGCAGAGAGCAUGGACUCUUGAUGAUGAAUUUUGCUACAGGAUGUAUAUUUGAGUAUGAUGCUGCACAUCCUGAAGGUUCUGGCAUUGGGUUUACAGAGGAAGACAAACCCAAUUUCUCCGGUUCUUUCUAUUCCAAAACCAAGGCUAUGGUUGAAGAGCUGUUGAAAGAAUACGACAAUGUCUGCACUCUAAGAGUUAGGAUGCCAAUAUCAUCUGACCUAAACAACCCACGCAACUUCAUAACUAAGAUUUCUCGUUAUAACAAAGUGGUGAACAUCCCAAAUAGCAUGACUGUCUUGGAUGAGCUUCUACCCAUUUCCAUUGAGAUGGCAAAGAGGAAUUUGAGGGGAAUAUGGAACUUCACAAAUCCUGGGGUUGUAAGCCACAACGAGAUUCUUGAGAUGUACAAGCAAUACAUUGACCCCGACUUCAAGUGGGCGAACUUCACACUUGAAGAGCAGGCUAAGGUCAUAGUGGCCCCCCGAAGCAACAACGAGAUGGAUGGGUCAAAGUUGAAGAAAGAGUUCCCGGAGCUGCUAUCUAUCAAGGAAUCGCUGAUUAAAUACGUCUUUGAACUAAACAAGAAGAACUUUGCAGCAUAAACAAUCAUCUGUUGUAGACCUCAGGAUUGUCCUUUUCGUUUUGGACUAGGCAAUAAGUUUCAGCUACCCCUAUAAAGUCUUAUCAGUUCCCUCGAUUAUUCAUUUUUAGCUUCUUUUUCAAUAUAAAAGGGGGAUGAGGUUAUUUCUAUUAGGUAUGCUUCUUUCAUUGUUUACUUUGCCGAUGUAUUUUAGUGUGCUUGCUUACUUUGAGAAACUUUCUAUAGGUUCUUUAUAAUUGGUCAUCUGUAAGCCUGGGGAUGUGGUACUCUUUCUACUGAGUAUGCUCGUGGCGUUUAAUUCUUUAAUUACUUAACUUUUACACUUGUAUCUUAUGACAUUGAAUAUCCUUAAGAAAUUCAAUGGAAUGAAAGCGUACUUUAAUACAAUAGGCCACGUUUUUCUC